CGCGUAUCUUUAUCGCCUCGAGACUCGACUGUAUCGCUAGCUUCAUCACCAUCACCACCUCCACCAUCACUUUUUCCCAUCAACCAUGGCCUUCGACCCACCCCUCACAUCGCCUGUUGAGGCAUCGUUCCGCCUCGAGGCGGCGGCGGACGCAGCCGCCUCCGGCCCCGUCCCGGACCUCGUGCAUUCGCCUCCACGGCGGAGUGCCACGUACCCACGGCGCCGCCCCGAGCGCCCAGCGCUCACACUGAACACCUACGCCGCACCCCAAGGACACGGAUGCGGCGGCGUCUCAAUGCUCCGCUCCAUCUCGCAGCCCGUCCUUACCAGCGUCGAGCACGCAGAAUACACGGCGUCACGAGCGGCGAGCCUCGGCCGGGUGGCUGGCGCGUAUGCCCGCGGCGAGCUGAGUCGGCGUGGCAGCGCACGGAGCGCGAGCGUGCGUAACCGGAGCCGACGCAGUCUUGCAGAGAUGCUAGGCGCAUUGGAAGACGACGACGGUGACGUCGAGAUGGACGAGCCGGGGGCAGAAGCACCCCCCGCCUUGCCAAAUCGCUUGACUCCACCCGCGUAUUCCACGUACGCCUACGGACAUCCGACGCCGUACCACCCCCCAUCCUCUGCACCGCCCUCCCUCGAACACACCGAUGGACUCCAGCCGUCUCGCUGCUCCCCACACGCCUCCCCCUUAUCCCCACAUCCCUCCGCGGAUGCGCGUGCAUGGGCGCCGCGCACACCGUCGCCGUCCCCAUCGCCGGCCCAUCACGACCUAUACGCCCCCCGUACGCCCAGCCCCGCGGCCACAUCACAGCUGUCGCCGUCGGGGCGCAGCGUAAGGAUCCGGCCCCGCGAGAGCUCGCCGACCCCCAGCUCUUCAGCACGGGCGACGGCGUGGCGCGCACGCGCAGGACGAUGUCUCCCCCGGUUUGAGGUGCAGGAGGCGGCGCUGGGGAUCUAGAAGCCCAAGCCACAGUUGUAUAAUCUGAAGUGUUCUCUACAACCACUAUAGUCCGGCAAAACAUGUCGCCGCGCCAUCAAGCAGCCGUGAGCCAUAUGCAUGUCUAGAGUCUACUUCUCCUCCUCCUUGAGCUUCUUUGCGAGAAUCUUGCCGCCGAUGUUCCGGAUGUUGGCAAGAGCGCGCUCGACACCGCCAGCCAGUGCCUUGCGGUACAGCGUGAGCGCCGUGUCGAGCUGGUCGGCUGUCAUU